AUGUCGAGCUCAGAGAUCAAUCAGGUGCUCGCCAACUCGCUGUCUCCGGACGUGAUUCCCAACCCUGCUAACCGAGUUCCUUGCUCAGACGCGAACCUGCGAAAUGCUGCCGAGCAGCAGCUGAACCAGGCCGCGGAGAGUAACUUCCCGCUCUACCUGGCGACCCUGGUACAAGAACUUGCCAACGAACAAGCCGACCCGCCCAUCCGAGUCGCCGCCGGCUUGGCCCUGAAGAACGCCUUCACAGCCCGCGACUAUGAGCGUCUGCAAGAACUUCAAACCAAAUGGCUGCAGCAGACUGACGAGGACACCAAGACGCGCGUCAAGCAACUCACCCUGCAAACGCUCUCUUCCAACACCGCCCAGGCCGGCAAUGCUGCUGCCCAAGUCAUCUCUUCUAUUGCUGCCAUCGAGCUGCCUCGCAACCAGUGGAGUGACUUGAUGCCCUUCUUGGUCAAAAACGUUACGGACGGCGCCGAUCACCAGAAACAGGCCUCCUUGACUACCAUCGGUUACAUCUGUGAAAGCUCCUACUCGGAACUUCGGGUUGCCCUCGUCUCUCACUCAAACGCCAUCCUGACUGCCGUGGUUCAGGGAGCCAGAAAAGAAGAGUCCAACAAUGAGGUUCGGUUGGCCGCCAUCACCGCCCUCGGCGACUCGUUGGAGUUCGUUAGCAGCAACUUCAAGCAUGAGGGAGAGCGGAACUACAUCAUGCAGGUGGUCUGCGAGGCCACUCAGGCCGAGGACUCGCGCAUCCAACAGGGAGCCUUUGGCUGUCUGAACAGAAUCAUGGCACUGUACUACGACAACAUGCGCUUCUACAUGGAGAAGGCCCUGUUCGGCCUGACUAUUCUGGGCAUGAAGUCUGACGACGAGGACGUUGCCAAGCUUGCUGUCGAAUUCUGGAGUACCGUCUGCGAGGAGGAGAUCAACAUUGAAUACGACAAUGCUCAGGUUGAGCGAUCAGACCAGAUGCGCAACUUCUACAACUUUGCACGCGUUGCCGCCAACGAGGUCGUCCCCGUGCUGUUGUCGCUGCUCACGAAACAGGACGAGGACGCCACCGAUGACGAGUACAACAUCUCCCGCGCUGCUUAUCAGUGCCUGCAGCUCUACUCGCAGGCCGUUGGUGCUAGCAUCAUCACCCCAGUCUUGCAGUUUGUCGAGGCAAACCUGCGCUCCGAGGAUUGGCACUUCCGCGACGCUGCUGUCUCGGCUUUUGGCGCCAUCAUGGAGGGUCCGGAUGAGAAGGUCCUGGAUCCCAUCGUCAAACAGGCUCUUCCCAUCUUGAUCACCAUGAUGGAUGAUCAGUCUUUUCAGGUCAGGGACUCGACGGCUUUCACUCUGGGGCGCGUUACGGAUGCGUGUGCAGAGGCCAUCGAUCCGGUCCAGCAACUCCCUACUCUCAUCGAGUCGUUGUUCAAGGGUCUCAUGAGCAACGCCAAGAUGGCGCCUUCGUGCUGCUGGGCUCUCAUGAACCUGGCUGAACGAUUCGCCGGCGAUGACGGGGCUGCUUCCAACCCCGUGACGCCUCAUUUCAACCAGGCGGUCAGCUCAUUGCUCGACGUCACGGCCAGACAGGACGCCGAGACUUAUGUGCGCACCGCCGCCUACGAGGUGCUCAACGUCUUCGUGCAAAGCUCUGCUUCGGACAGUCUGCAGGCCAUUGCGUCGCUGUCCGACGUCAUCAUCAAGCGUCUUGAGGAGACUGUUCCGCUGCAGUCACAGGUUGUCAGCGUAGAGGACAAGAUUACCCUCGAGGAGAUGCAAAACAGCCUGUGCACAGUUUUGCAGGCCAUUGUCAUUCGACUUGACAAGGACAUCGCGCCUCAAGCCGACCGCAUCAUGCAGAUCUUGCUCCAAAUUCUAAACAGCGUCGGAGGCAAGUCCAGCGUCCCCGAGGCUGUUUUCGGAACAAUCUCUGCCCUCUCCACGACAAUGGAGGAGGACUUUAUCAAGUACAUGGAUGCCUUUGCUCCUUUCCUCUACAAUGCUCUGGGAAACCAGGAGGAGCCCAGUCUUUGCUCCAUGGCUAUUGGUCUGGUCAGUGAUAUUACUCGCUCCAUGGGAGAGCGCAGCCAACCUUUCUGCGACAACUUCAUGAACUACCUCCUCAACAAUCUAAGAAGUACUUCUCUCUCCAACCAGUUCAAGCCGGCUAUUCUUCAAUGCUUUGGCGACAUUGCCGGUGCCAUUACUGGGCACUUUGAGACAUAUCUAUCUGUGGUAGCUCAGGUUCUGGAGCAGGCAGCAACCGUCACUGCUGCACCCGACGGCCCCAUUGAGAUGGUUGACUACGUUAUUUCUCUACGUGAAGGUAUCAUGGAUGCCUGGGGAGGCAUCAUUGGUGCUAUGAAGUCCAGCAACAAGACGCAAACUCUUCAGCAAUACGUCCCCGCCAUCUUCAACUUGCUUGGCCAGAUUGCCAACGACACCAUUCGAAGCGAGGGGCUGCUGCGCGCGAGCAUGGGUGUUAUUGGUGAUCUCGCCGACGCCUAUCCCAACGGUGAGCUGGUGGACGCGUUCCGUCAGGAGUGGUUGACUGCUAUGAUCAAGGAGACCAAGACCAACCGCGAAUUCAAGCCGCAAACCAUUGAGACUGCUCGCUGGGCACGGGAGCAAGUCAAGCGUCAGCUUGGAGGUGCUCAAACCGUCAUGUCUUGA